ACCUAAAUGCUCAGAGACUCCUUCAUUGUCCUUUGCAUCUCCUCUCUUCCUCUUUUGUCAAAGAGGAAGCCUAAAGAGAGGAGUGCCUUUUUUCCUGUGUAAAUUUUUAAAUAUAAUAUUUACAUAUAAGGGAAGGUUAUAUAUAUUUCAUCAUGGCUGAUAUCUCUUUAGAAGAUGUUAAGAAUGAGACCAUUGAUCUUGAGCGAGUUCCUAUUGAAGAAGUGUUUGAGCAGCUGAAAUGUACAAGAGAAGGUUUGACAAGUGAGGAUGGAGAGAGGAGACUCCAAAUAUUUGGCCCAAACAAGCUGGAGGAGAAAAAAGAGAGCAAAGUGCUUAAGUUCUUGGGUUUCAUGUGGAAUCCUCUCUCAUGGGUCAUGGAAUCUGCUGCUAUCAUGGCCAUUGUUUUGGCUAAUGGAGGGGGCAAGCCACCAGAUUGGCAGGACUUUGUUGGUAUUGUUGUUUUGCUUAUCAUCAACUCAACUAUCAGUUUCAUUGAGGAAAACAACGCAGGUAACGCUGCAGCUGCUCUCAUGGCCGGUCUUGCCCCCAAGACAAAGGUUUUGAGGGAUGGAAAAUGGAGUGAGCAAGAGGCUGCAAUUUUGGUACCAGGAGAUGUGAUCAGUAUCAAGUUGGGAGACAUUGUCCCUGCUGAUGCACGUCUCUUGGAAGGUGAUCCCUUAAAGAUUGAUCAGUCUGCCCUUACUGGUGAGUCUCUGCCUGUUACCAAGCAUCCCGGCAGUGAGGUCUACUCUGGCUCCACAUGCAAGCAGGGUGAGAUUGAGGCUGUUGUUAUUGCUACUGGUGUGCACACUUUCUUUGGAAAGGCUGCUCAUUUAGUGGACAGUACCAAUCAAGUCGGUCACUUUCAAAAGGUGUUGACAGCCAUUGGUAACUUUUGUAUCUGCUCAAUCGCGAUAGGAAUGUUGGUUGAGAUCAUUGUAAUGUACCCAAUUCAACACAGGGCAUACAGAGACGGUAUUGACAAUCUUUUGGUGCUCCUCAUUGGAGGUAUCCCAAUUGCCAUGCCAACAGUCUUGUCUGUAACCAUGGCUAUUGGUUCCCACCGCCUUUCUCAGCAAGGGGCCAUCACCAAGAGGAUGACAGCAAUUGAAGAGAUGGCAGGAAUGGAUGUUCUUUGCAGUGACAAAACUGGAACUCUUACUCUCAACAAACUUACAGUGGAUAAGUCUUUGAUUGAGGUCUUCAACAAGGACAUAGAUAAGGACACUGUCGUCUUGCUUGCUGCAAGAGCAUCUAGGGUUGAAAACCAAGAUGCCAUUGAUGCAUCAAUUGUUGGGAUGUUAGGUGACCCCAAAGAGGCAAGAGCAGGAAUCACUGAGGUACAUUUCCUGCCUUUCAAUCCUGUGGAUAAGCGCACUGCAAUCACCUACAUUGACAACAAUGGAAACUGGCACAGAUGCAGCAAGGGUGCUCCCGAGCAAAUUAUUGAUCUUUGUGAUCUCAAGGGACAAGUGAGAGAAAAUGCCCAUGCUAUAAUUGACAAGUAUGCAGAGCGCGGUCUUCGUUCUUUGGCAGUUGGUCGACAGACUGUUCCAGAGAAGAGUAAGGAGAGUGCUGGAGGGCCAUGGGAGUUUGUAGGUCUCAUGCCUCUCUUUGACCCUCCAAGGCAUGACAGUGCUGAGACUAUUCGCCGAGCUCUUGAGCUUGGUGUCAAUGUGAAGAUGAUCACUGGUGAUCAACUUGCCAUUGGAAAAGAGACUGGCCGUAGGCUUGGCAUGGGAACUAAUAUGUAUCCCUCGUCCUCUCUCCUUGGUCAGAACAAAGAUGAAGCCACUGCUGGAAUUGCUGUUGAUGAGCUCAUUGAGAAGGCUGAUGGUUUUGCUGGAGUCUUCCCUGAACAUAAGUAUGAGAUUGUUAAGAAGCUACAAGAAAGGAAGCAUAUCUGUGGUAUGACUGGAGAUGGUGUCAAUGAUGCUCCGGCACUUAAGAAGGCAGACAUUGGUAUAGCUGUUGCUGAUGCAACUGAUGCAGCUAGAAGUGCAUCUGACAUUGUUUUGACAGAGCCAGGAUUGAGUGUAAUCAUCAGUGCUGUGUUGACAAGUCGAGCCAUCUUCCAAAGAAUGAAGAACUACACAAUUUACGCAGUUUCCAUCACUAUCCGUAUUGUGUUGGGAUUCUUGUUGGUUGCUCUCAUUUGGGAAUUUGAUUUCUCACCUUUCAUGGUUUUGAUCAUUGCCAUCUUAAAUGAUGGCACAAUCAUGACCAUUUCAAAGGACAGGGUGAAGCCAUCUCCUCUACCUGACUCAUGGAAACUGAAGGAGAUUUUCGCUACUGGUGUUGUUCUUGGAACCUACAUGGCUGUCAUGACAGUAGUCUUCUUCUGGCUUGCACAUGAAACAGAAUUUUUCUCUGUAUGUAAUAUCAAACUAGUUCAAAGCUUUCACCAACUAUUCAAUGUUUAUCUCUUAGAACAAACUCUAAACUCCAACAAUUUGCAGGAAACCUUCCAUGUGAAGCCUCUUACGACCUUGGCUGAGCUUAACUCAGCUCUCUACCUUCAAGUGAGCAUUAUUAGUCAAGCACUUAUCUUUGUGACCCGUUCAAGGAGCUGGUCCUUUGUUGAACGCCCUGGAUUUUUGCUUCUUGGUGCCUUCAUUGCAGCACAACUGGUUGCCACUUUAAUUGCUGUGUAUUCAAACUGGGGUUUUGCUAGAAUCCAAGGCAUUGGGUGGGGAUGGGCUGGUGCCAUCUGGGUUUUCAGCAUAGUCACUUACUUCCCUCUUGAUGUUCUCAAGUUCAUGAUCCGAUAUGCAUUGAGUGGCAAGGCCUGGAAUACCUUGCUUCAAAACAAGACUGCUUUCACAACAAAGAAGGAUUAUGGAAGAGGUGAAAGGGAAGCUCAGUGGGCAUUGGCUCAACGAACAAUUCAUGGUCUUCAGCCACCGGUAGCUCUUUACAACAGCGAUAACCAUGAACUUUCUGAGAUAGCUGAGCAAGCCAAAAGGCGUGCUGAAGUUGCUAGGCUGAGGGAGCUCCACACAUUGAAGGGUCACGUUGAGUCUGUAGUGAAGUUGAAGGGGCUUGACAUUGAUACUAUUCAGCAACACUACACUGUGUAGAAGUCUUCCUUCUUCAAAGGAUCAUGACCAAAAAUGUCUGAUGCCAUGGAAGAUGCUGCUUGAAGAUAAUAGAGAAAAGCCAAAGCUUGAAAUAUUAUGUCUUCUUUUGUCAUUAUUUGAUUUUUCAUGUAAUUUUGCUUAAUAAGCACAAGUGGAUGGGAUUAAUUUAUUGGUAGUAAUUAUUUGAAAAGAGUAAAUGUUUAAUGAGAUGUGGAAAACAACUAAGAGAGCUCUUAUAUUAUAUAUAUUUUUUUCCAUAGAAUAUAAUAUUGUCGUAAAUUUUUGUAACAAUGUUGCUUUUUUUGUAACAAGACUAGUUUUGUGCUUA